UCCCUGCGCAGGCGGUGACGCGGCUCCCGCUGGGUCGCGGCGGCGCGGCUCCCGGGAAGGAGCGGAGCCCGCAGGAAUCCGCUCUCACGCUCGGCCGCUGCCGCCGUGCGCGGUGGCCGGGAUGCGCUCAGCUCGCGGCGUCUCGCGCGCAGGAGCCCGGGCCGCCGAAUCGGGAGCUGCUGCAGAGCAGGAGGGCUGCCGAAGCCGGUCUCUGUAAUGGUGCGUGAGGAACCCGCGAGGCCCAGGACGUUGCCUGACCGCUGAACCGGCACAAUGGGGAGGAUCGGCAUCUCCUGUCUUUUUCCUGCUUCCUGGCACUUUAGCAUCUCUCCAGUGGGGUGUCCUCGGAUUCUGAACAUCAACUUGCGUCAGAUCAUUGUUCUUAGCAUGGUGGCUGCUGCUGCUUCCCUUUUAUACUUUUCUGUUGUCAUAAUCCGAAAUAAGUAUGGGCGGCUCUCAAGGGACAAGAAAUUUCAAAGGUACUUGGCACGAGUCACUGACAUCGAAGCCACAGACAUCAGUAACCCCAACAUGAACUACGGGAUCGUGGUGGACUGUGGGAGCAGUGGGUCUCGGAUCUUCGUCUACUGCUGGCCAAGGCACAAUGGCAAUCCUCACGAUCUCUUGGACAUCAGACAGAUGCGAGAUAAGAACCGGAAGCCAGUGGUGAUGAAAAUAAAGCCUGGCAUUUCAGAAUUUGCUACCUCUCCGGAGAAAGUCAGCGACUACAUUUCUCCGCUCUUGAACUUUGCUGCACAGCACGUGCCGAGGGCCAAGCACAAGGAGACCCCACUGUACAUCCUCUGCACCGCCGGGAUGAGAAUCCUUCCCGAAAGUCAGCAGAAAGCCAUCCUUGAGGACCUCCUGACUGACAUCCCCCUGCACUUUGACUUCCUCUUUUCGGACUCUCAUGCAGAAGUAAUUUCAGGGAAACAAGAAGGUGUGUACGCUUGGAUCGGCAUUAAUUUUGUCCUUGGACGCUUUGAGCAUAUUGAGGACGAUGACGAGGCCAUUGUAGAAGUCAACAUUCCCGGCAGCGAAAGCAGCGAAGCCUUCCUCCGCAAAAGAACAGCCGGUAUUCUCGACAUGGGCGGCGUGUCGACCCAGAUAGCAUACGAAGUCCCCAAAACUGUAAGCUUUGCCUCCUCACAGCAGGAGGAAGUAGCCAAGAACUUGUUAGCCGAGUUUAACUUGGGAUGUGACGUCCACCAGACGGAGCAUGUGUACCGAGUCUACGUGGCCACCUUUCUCGGGUUUGGUGGCAACGCCGCUCGUCAGAGAUACGAAGACAGGCUGUUUGCCAGCACGGUUCAGAAAAACAGGCUCCUCGGGAAGCAGACCGGCCUGGCUCCUGACACACCCUACCUGGACCCCUGCUUGCCCCUGGACAUCAAAGAUGAAAUCCAGCAGAACGGACAGACCCUGUACCUCCGGGGAACUGGGGACUUCGACCUGUGUCGAGAGACUCUCCUGCCUUUCAUGAACAAGACGAACGAGACGCAGACGUCCCUCAACGGCAUCUACCAGCCCCCCAUCCACUUCCAGAACAGCGAGUUCUACGGCUUCUCGGAAUUCUAUUACUGCACCGAGGACGUGUUGCGGAUGGGGGGAGACUACAACGCUGCUACGUUCACUAAAGCCGCCAAGGAUUACUGUGCAACAAAGUGGUCGAUCCUUCGAGAACGCUUUGACCGAGGGCUGUAUGCUUCUCACGCUGACCUCCACAGGCUGAAGUACCAGUGCUUCAAGUCCGCCUGGAUGUUCGAGGUGUUCCAUAAUGGCUUUUCGUUUCCUGUCAACUAUAAAAAUUUAAAGACAGCCUUGCAAGUUUAUGACAAGGAGGUUCAGUGGACGCUUGGAGCCAUUCUUUACAGGACCCGCUUUUUACCUUUAAGGGACAUCCAGCAGGAGACCUUCCGGGCCGGGCACGCGCACUGGCGCGGCUUCUCCUUCGUCUACAAUCACUACCUGUUCUGGGGCUGCGUGCUGGUGGUCCUGCUGUCCAUCCUGCUCUACCUGCUGCGGCUGCGGCGCAUCCACCGCAGGAUGCUGCGCGGCGGCCCCGCCAGCGCCGCCCUCUGGCUGGAGGAGGGCCUGGCCCCCCAGAAGACUGCUGGGGCCCUGUGAGCCCAGCCCCCAAGACUUUCUAAAGGAAAAGCCAUUUUUUUUUGCCUCAGGGUUUCUCCUUUUUUUUUUUUUUUUUUUUGUUUUUCCCUCCUGUUGGCUUUAUUUUUCCUUCCCUCUUCCUAUGUGGAACGAAAAAAACACAAUCCAAUGUUGUGUUGAGUUGUGUUGUCCUAGAGGUGUUCCCCGUGGUGGUUGUGUUGCCCAGCUUUCAAGGGAAGCAGAGGGAAAAGGGGAAAAAUCACCUCAUUGUGGCUGCUUGGGGCUCCUAGGGCUUCCUGAAGAUACGUUCAGUUGUUUUUAACAGAUCGCACUUUGAUAUCCUGGGAAAUGCACAGAUGUGUUUCCUCUUUGUGGAGCUAAGACUGAAGAACGAAACUUCUACACAACCAAAAUACAGAGACUGAAAUCGCAACUUAAUUCUUUCCACCUUUAUCUUGAGAGUUCUCGUGUAGAAGGUGUUGUUUGUUGAAUUUGUAUUUUAUUGUUCAGGUCUUUGCAGAUUUAAAAAUUUUAAAAAAAGAAAACGAAAAAUCCUUUGUAUCCAAAGUAGAGAAAUACAGGCAGCUGAAAGCAAUUACUUUUUUUCAAUGGAUAAUGAAGAGACCUGAAAAAAGCUGAAAUACUGAUCCGGGCUGUACGUGUGUAACUGCUAAUGGAAAAGAAUGAGAGGGUUCACGUGCUGCAGAAUUUCUUUUUCAUGAUGUAAAAUCCCAGUAACCAUCGUCGUCGUAUCCCGACCACAGGUAACUCCUUCCUGGUCCCAUCUCCCAGCAGCCGAGGACACUUUGUCUUUGAGGUUCCAUCAUAAGGUUUUCCUCUUACUGGCACCAGAGUGCUUGCACACCAGCAGACUCACUCGUGGGUCUUCUCAGUGAUACAUUUUGCAUGUUUAGGUGGGUCCCAGUUUCAUCUGACUUCAAAUCAGCAACCUGUCCCUUGGUUUUUUAAAAAAAUAAUAAUAAUUAUGUCUCUACAGGUAUAAUACAGCAGGUAGAUCAGGCACUCAUGUUGCACACGGCUGACCUGGGUUCAAUCCCCGGGACCCCGUGUGGACCCCUGGGCCCACUAGGGGUGAUCCCUGAGUGCAGAACCAGGAAUAAGCCCUGAGCACCGCCAGGUGUGGCCCAGAAACAAAAUGAAAUGUCUCUGCAGUUUUAUUUUGGAGGCCCCUUCCGGAGCUUGCUUGGUUUUCUCUGCGGAUGCUGUGCUCACCGCCAGUCAGCAGAGCUUGCUCCGGCCCCCGGGAGAGGAGGGGCUGAGUCUAACGUAAGAAAGAAAUUCACAUUCUGAAAAAAAAAAAAAAAAAAAAAAAAAAAAACCAACUUGGGCCUUUUAAACGAAAACCUAAAAGGACAACAGGACCGGCAUGUAUGGAUUUAGUUAUUUUUCACCUGUUCAUUUAGUUGAGAAUUCUUUGGGAAUUCUCAUUCAGUGAUUUUUUUCCCCCCCAGGAGAAGUGCUCUGUGUACAUGCAUGCUAAUCCUUUCCCCAGAGAGUUAAAUUUAUCUAGUUGGUAGCAGGGAACUAUUUUGAGCCCAUCAGCUGCUUUAAAAAAAAAAAAAAAUCACUGAGUAGAGAAAGAAUUCAGAUUCUAAAGCUUCUAGUAACCUAGAAAAAAACCUGCUUUAUUAAUUAAUGUGGCAUACUGUAUAUUAGUGACUUGAAAGCUUACAAAUUUGUGGGAAGAUCCAAUUUUUUUUUAUCCUGUCCUUCAAAAUGAUAAUCUGGCGAGGGCAGAGUGAGAGGGGGCAGGCUUGCCUCUGUCACAGCUCAGCAGGGGGCAGGAGCUAUGUGUGCCUUAGUCAGGCUAGUCCCAUUUCAGAGCCGCGGGCCAGGCCCCCGAGGGCUCCCGCCGCUGUCAUUCCACAGCGAGAGAAAUCCUGACCCCCCAGUAAAUACGGUUCCUUACCAAGACACGGUCACACAUGAGCAGCUGUGUCGGGAUACCCCAGGUGCAGAAGCUAGCAGACAGACGGCUUCUCCGUGUAUCCUUACAUGGAAUUUGACCUGUCACUCCCGGUGAGACGGCGGUGAAGAGAGAGCUCACACUUCUGGUCCUCCACCCGGCCAGCUGGAGGGAAUCUCCGCUGUGCAGGAUGAAAAUUUUUCUCCUCGGUCGAGCCUUUCAAAUCAAGGCCAAGGAUAUGCCAGCAUAGACCGUGACUUGAAUUGUCCCCCCCUCCUGUAAAGAGUCACUUUUUAAAAAUAAAGACUGCCGGUUGGGUCCAGUUCUGCACAGAUUGGCAAGCAGAGGCUAAUGCCACAGAGAGCAGCCAGACGACGCCAGGCCUCUGGAGUCCUCUGCAAGGACCGACCUGCUUCCAGUCAGGACCCCUGAACUAGGGUUCCAGCGCCCAGUGUUACACAGUUAAAUGCAUGCAUUUCCCUCCAAAAUCCACUGCGGGGUGGGGUUUGGCAAACUGUCAUACCCCACAGGGAAAUCUACACCUUGAGACGAGAACGGUCUUAAAGGGCCAUUAAAGGAACAGUUGAGCAAGAUGCUAAAGAGACUGUAUGUGGCCUAGAGACCCUAAAGAAUUUUACCAAAGGGCCCUUUCCAGAAGAUGCUGGUUUGUGGGGACAGUUAAGAAUCCAGACAAACAUCUCGGGCACUGUAGGAGCCACCCAGUAAAGCGACAGCACAAUAAAGCAGGUCACACGGUUUGUUUCCUCAGAGCAUAAGAAAGUUAUGUUUAUCCUAGAGUCCACUAUUUAAAAUCCCCCGUUACCAUCAUUGUGUCCUGACCACAGGUAACUCCUUCCUGUGUCCAUUAAGUGUGCAGUAACAUUAUGUCAAAAAACAGCCUGUACAGACCUUUAUAAAAUGUCACUCAGAGAUGCAGUGAGCACCUGCUGUUUGGAAAAUGGCACCGAGGGACUUUUCCCGGUGUGGAGUUGCCGUAAACUGUUCAUGUGGAGGAGGGGAAUGAAGUAUCUGUGAAGCACAAUAAAACAGUGUACCCCCAUCUACAGAAGCAUUCUUCUAAUUUAGAAAGGGAGUUAACCUUUUGUAGGUACAC